UUCAAUUCCAACAGAAUAUAGGAAGAUCAGAUCGAGAAACUAAGUCAGAGGGAGGUUGCUUGAUUGUAUUGGAUCCAAUGGAGAAAGGUGUAGGAGAAGGCCAUGGAGGGAUCAACAAAUAUGCCCUGGGUUGUUCCUUGGUUGCUUCCAUGAUAUCAAUCAUCUUCGGCUAUGAUACUGGUGUGAUGAGUGGAGCAAUGAUCUAUGUGAGGGACGAGUUCCACAUCGGCGACGGGAAAACGGAGGUGCUGGCCGGAAUACUUAACCUGUGCGCUUUGGUUGGGUCACUUUGUGCGGGGAGAACCGCGGAUGCUAUAGGGCGGCGCUACACCAUCGUUCUGGCGGCCGUCAUCUUUUUGCUCGGCUCACUUUUGAUGGGAUACGGCCCCAACUACGGCGUGUUGUUAGGGGGGAGAUGCACGGCGGGGAUCGGCGUGGGGUUCGCGCUCAUGAUCGCGCCGGUUUACUCCGCGGAAGUCUCGUCUCCGUCCACGCGAGGCUUCCUCACGUCUCUCCCGGAGAUUGGGAUAAGCACAGGAAUAUUGCUCGGAUAUCUUUCCAAUUAUAUCUUCUCCAGAUUGCCUCUAAAGCUGGGAUGGAGAGUGAUGCUGGGGAUUCCGGCUAUCCCGUCGUUAUUCUUGGCCAUCGGAAUCCUGAAAAUGCCCGAGUCGCCGCGGUGGCUAAUGUUGCAAGGCCGACUCGGGGAAGCCACGAAAAUCAUGUACAAGGUUUCCAACGGCGCGGAAGAAGCGGAGAGGCGGUUGUCGGAUAUGAAACAAAACGUGGGAAUUGACGACACGUGUAAAGACGAGGUUGUUAAGAUCCAGGCGACGACCACGAAAGGCGUGUCGGUGUGGCGGGAGCUGAUAAUCAGGCCCACCCCGACCGUGCGAUGGAUGUUGAUGGCGGCUAUUGGGAUUCAUUUCUUCGAACACGCGACUGGGAUUGAGGCUGUUAUUCUCUACAGCCAUCAUAUCGUGGAGGGAGCUGGGAUCAAGGAUAAAAGAAAGAAGAUCCUCUUCUCUGUGGGAGUUGGGCUCACCAAGUUCAUUUUCAUCGUGGUCUCAACUUUCUUGGUGGAUAGAGUGGGGAGGAGAAAGCUGUUGUUAACCAGCGUUACGGGGAUGAUUUUUUCACUGUUGGGACUGGGGACUUGCCUCACUAUAGUCCACCAACAUUAUGGGGAAAGGAUCGUUUGGGCUUUGGUACUAAGUAUCAUCACCACUUAUACUUUCGUGAUGUUCUUUAACAUCGGGCUUGCCCCCGUCACCUGGGUGUACAGUACCGAGAUUUUCCCAAUGAGGCUCAGGGCCCAAGGGGCCUCCAUUGGCGUGGCGGUGAAUAGGUUGAUGAAUGCAACGGUUUCCAUGACUUUCUUGACAAUCUGCAACGCCAUCACAAUUGGAGGAGCGAUUUUCAUGUUUGCUGGGAUUUCGGUCUUGGCUUGGGUGUUCGUUUUCCUCUGCUUGCCCGAGACUAAGGGCAAGUCUUUGGAAGAAAUGGAAAAGCUUUUCACUCCAAAAUCCUCCUCAACUAACACUAACAAUUCCAGAUAGUCACUUCAUCAUGUACUUCACUACUCUAGCUUGCAAAGUGCUAAGUUAUGCAUGUGUGUGUGUAUACCUAGACUAGUGUUACGUUUAAAGAGAUGGGGAUAUUUCAUUGGAAAAUAAGUGUAGCUACGUGAGUGGUGAGUGAGUGAGUGAGAUAGUAGUACUGAGCUCAUUAUGUAACCUCCUGUCUUUCAAUAAUCACAGUCUUGUUUAUUAAUUAUUA